AUGAAUGUGUCUAAAGUCCUUAUAAUAUUCUCAGCACUUCUCACUAUUUUCCUUGCUGAAGCUGCUGAAAAUGUCGAGGAAUUCUCUCGCUCGCGUGCGAUGCUGAGGCAGGAGGAGAAGACAAUGGAGGAGGCUCUGUUGAUAUUCUUCGAGGAGUUGCGAUGUCGCCUGGGCAUGGCGAUGGAAGAUUUAGGUCUGCCCGCGAUGGAUCCCUUCACGGAGGAAUUUAUGGAAUUUGAAUUGGAUCACGAGCUGGGGAGCAUCACUGGGUCGCUUGCCAAUCUCAGAGUUGAUGGAUUAUCGGAUUUUACGGUGAAUGAUUUGGCCUUUAACAUGGACAAUCUUGAUUUCUGGUUGGACGUGAGCCUGCCCAGACUUUCGCUAUCAGGCGCAUACGAUAUCGAUGGUGUACUGGGUGGAUUAUUGCCAGUGUAUGGAAAUGGAAAUUUUUCUAUUGUCCUGACGGAAAUGCACACAGUGAUAAAUGCGACAAUAGACUAUGAUGGAAUCGAUGUGACGUGGGCAAUGCCGGAAUUUGGCAUGGACUUUCGUCUGGGAAAUUUAACCACGACCAUUGAAAAUUUAUUCAAUGAUGACGAAUUGUCGGACUUCUUCAAUUUGGCAUUCACAACGCUGGGCAGUGAAAUUGUUGAUGUGAUGUUUCCGGAAAUUGAACCACAAAUUGCAGACGUGGCCAAACAAAUGACACCAGAUUUGUUCAAUGGAAUGACAAUCAAUGAAUUUUUGGACAUUAUUUUCCUUAUUGAACCCUUUCUGCCCGAGAUGCCGGAAGGUGAGGUUUGCGAGUACGAGAUAAACUACCCGUGA